AUGUUCAAACGGAAGCAACACGGGCAGUUUGUUCAGGCAAUGUGCCAGCCACGCUGCAGCACGCCGUUUGUAUCACUGGCGGUGCUUUUGCUGCUGCUGAUGUGUUUCGCCGCUGGGUGCGUUGCCGACGCUCCCGCCCAGAAGCACCGCUGCGGGUUUGACGAGAUGAUGCGGAGGGGGCCGCCGGCGACUGCAGUGGUGCGUGAUGUGCCGCGCAGAGGACAGGGUGAGAUGCAGGCGUACACCGUCGCUGCACAAGGCGUGGGGAGUGAGUGGGCCCCGAUCCGCAUCAAAGUGUCUGCGAAGGACAUGGAUGAUCAGUGGAAGCACUGCCUCCCAGGGAAGCAUUGGCGCCUGGUCGAUGGCGACUGGAAGGAAUGCACGGAGGACAUUAUGCUGACGGAGGCGAAGAAGAACAUUGUUUUGAAGCAACUCCUCCCCGCUGCAAUUAAGAUGCACACUGAGCGUCUCUCCGUGAGACCUGUGAGGGGUCCCAUCCCCAUACCAGAUAGUGGUCUAGGGCUGUGCACCGGUUUAACUAUCCCUUCCUGGCACCACACGGUCGGCGUGAGCGGCGCCGACCUGAUUCUCUACGUCAACACUGCCGUGACUGAUGGGACCGUUGCAUGGGCGUCUCGCUGCGUCGUUCUGAAGGAUGGACGCCCGUAUGCUGGCGUCGUGAACUUCAACCCCCAGUACAUAAAGGCCACUCAUGCAGACGUUGGUACUGCAGUGCAUGAGAUUGGGCACGCUCUUGGUUUUUCGUAUGAUCGCUUUAAGAAGCUCAAUAUGGUCUCCGAGGUCCCCAAUGUGCGCGGGAAAGAAAAGGUGUGGGUGGUUUCCUCACCGAAGGUGAAGGAGCUGGCGAGGAAGUAUCACAACUGCCCCACACUUGAGGGCAUGGAGCUGGAGGACGGGAGUAGUCUGGGGGCAAGUCUGAGCCACUGGGAGGAACUCAGUGCACGGGACGAGUUGAUGAGCCCUGGGAGCCGGAUCGCUUAUUACUCGGCAUUCACGCUUGCUGCAUUUGAGGACAUGGGUGUGUACAAGGCUAACUACGACAUGGCAGAGCAGUUGCGGUGGGGUAAUAACUCUGGCUGCGGGCUGCUGGAAAAUAAGUGCUUCACCAACGGCCACACCGACUAUCCUGAGUUGUUCUGUAAACAGCCGUCGAAUAAACACAGGCUGCUUUGCACGUAUGAUCGUCUUUCUC